GAAUGCAAGAGAUUAGAUAACGUCGAGUUAAAAUCUUGAUAUUCCACUUUAGAACCAGUAUUGUUUGCGUGCGCGACGUGCAAAGACGUGUUUAAGUUUUGUGUGUGCAAUAAAAUAUUCAAAACCCUCUGUAAUUUUAACUGUAAUGGUGGUUGCUGACCAGUGCCCACUUCCAACCAGUCAUAUAAAGGGGGCGGAAAUGGCGGUUUUACAUCGAGCUACAAGUUCCAGCUUUAAGGGUCUUCGCAUUCUCGUUGGCGCGGGUCCUUCAAGAAGAAUUGCUCGAUUACUACUUUGGCGCAACGCUGGCUGAAGCUCCAUAUACAUACGUAGGUGGAUCUUGCGGCAGAGUGGAAGCACAGUCCAACGCCGGCGCGACGACGACGGUUGAACAAAAGCAAGCGGGCGUUUGAUGAUAAGUGACUCUCUCUUCGGCGAAGAAGUGCUGCAUACGAAUAUGGAGCGUUACAUCGGCACGACAGCUGUGGUCACCGGCGCGAGUGUUGGUAUCGGCGCCGCCGUUUGCGAAGUGCUUGUCAAACUUGGUAUCAACGUUGUGGGUGUAGCUCGUCGCGUGGAAUUAAUUGAGGAACAAGCGGAGAGACUCAGCGGCGAAAGCGGGAAACUUUAUCCGCGGAAAUGCGACUUGCGUGAUGAGCGUCAGAUUAAUGCAAUGUUUGAUUGGGUGGAGGCCAAUCUCGGUGCUAUUUCUAUUAUGGUCAACAAUGCAGGCCUAACAUUACCUACAACUUUAAUCGAGGGCGCUCCUGAUCAAUGGCGCACUUUGUUGGACGUAAACGUUCUGGGUUUGUGCAUCUGCACGAAAAAAGCGAUUGAAUCUAUGAAGGCGCACCAGCAGGACGGUCACGUCGUGCACAUCAACAGCAUCUUGGGGCACUACAUGCCGGAUGUGCCCUGUUUGAACGUUUAUCCAGCGACGAAGUUUGCGGUGACUGCGUUGACCGAAACACUUCGGCGCGAAUUGCGCACGGUGACCUCGCCGCGAAUUAAAAUUUCUUCAAUCAGUCCCGGAUUGGUAGCGACUGAAUUCCUCGAAGGUUUCACUGACUUGGGCGGCCUGCGCGAUGGUUUGAAGCAGGUGCCGGCGCUGCAGGCGGCUGAUGUUGCAGACACGAUCAUCUACGUGCUGAGUACUCCGCCACAUGUUCAGAUUCACGACAUUAUUGUCAAAGUUACGGCCGAAGCCUUUUAAAUGCGCGCGAUUUGGUCCGCAAAAGUUAAUGGUAAUUAGCUCGUCGAGUUUGAUCUCAUUAGCACUCAGCGUUUACGAUUGUGCAACCAAGGGGGACACGACAUCGACUUUUUUUUUAAUGGUUUUAAGAAUUUAUGCUCUGUGUUGAUGAGUCACCAUCACUAAAUUAUUUAUAAAAUAAAAUUUUCACAAUUGUUCCGAGAAACCUUGUAUCACAAAAUAUUAAUAAACAUAUUCUACACCAUUUAAUAAA